AUGCCAGGUCCCCAUGAUAUCGGUAUCUUCGGGGACAUUGCCCUCGAACAACGAGUUGAAGAUAUCGAACAUGCGCCAGAAAGGACCAACACCUUCGUGCCUCAGCGCAGCUAUCUAACGGCCGCAGAGCGUGCACGACGCAAUUUGAAUGCAAAACUCGCCAAUCCAUUGGCAGGUUAUAGCCACGAGGAGCUGCGCAGUCAAGGGAUCAAAUUCGCUAUAGAACACCAUAUGGGUGACGAAACGGAUAUUCGCGCUUUUGAGUUAGGCGCCCUUCUGGCCCAGGAGCCUGAAAAGUUCGAUUCUUUCAGGGACUUGCUAACGGAAGAGGAAUUCAAGAUUUUACAUCUCGAGUUCACUCAUCGUUGGUCGCAACCCUGGACAAUGUAUUUGGUUAUUGCCUUGUGCUCUCUCUCAGCAGCGGUGCAGGGAAUGGAUGAAACGGUUGUCAAUGGCGCUCAGAUCUUCUACAAGACGCAAUUCGGCAUUGACGAUGAAACCUCGAGGUCUCGCUGGCUGCUGGGGUUGGUGAACGCCGCGCCAUAUCUGUGCUGCGCCGUCCUUGGUUGCUGGCUGGCAGUCCCUUUCAACGCGUGGUUUGGUCGUCGCGGGACCAUCUUCAUCACAUGCUGUUUCUCCGCCAUCGCUUGCCUGUGGCAAGGGUUUGUCAACACUUGGUGGCAUAUGUUCAUCUCCCGCUUCGUCCUGGGCUUCGGCAUUGGCCCUAAGUCCGCAACUGUUCCCAUCUACGCGGCCGAAACUGCUCCUCCCGCCAUUCGUGGUGCGUUGGUGAUGCAGUGGCAGAUGUGGACUGCUUUUGGCAUCAUGUUGGGCUAUGCAGCAGACCUUGCUUUCUUUGAGGUCCCAGAUCCUUCAAACAUUGUCGGGCUCAACUGGCGCAUUAUGAUGGCCUCUGCCAUGUUCCCAGCUAUCCUGGUUUGCUUGUUUGUAUUUUCCUGUCCGGAGUCACCGCGUUGGUACAUGUCCCAGAAACGCUAUUACAAGGCGUAUGAGUCGAUGUGCAGCCUGCGCGCGCACAAGAUCCAGGCCGCUCGAGACCUUUAUUACAUGCAUACAUUGCUGGAAGCGGAGAAAGGGAUGAAGCUCGGCCAGAACAAGAUGAUAGAACUAAUCGCCGUGCCUCGGAACCGGCGCGCCCUAAUCGCGUCAGAGAUCGUCAUGUUCCUGCAGCAGCUAUGUGGCGUGAACAUUAUCGCGUAUUAUUCGUCCGAAAUAUUCAUCAAGGUGACAUCAGCCCGAAAUGCCCUAGCCACAUCCUUCGGCUGGGGCGUGGUGAACUGGCUCUUCGCCAUCCCCGCGGUCUACACAAUCGACACAUUCGGCCGUCGCAACCUCCUCCUAACUACAUUCCCUCUCAUGGCCCUCGCCUGGUUCUUCACCGGCUUCAGCUUUUACAUUCCUAACGCGGAACACAGCAACGCGCAGCUCGCCUGCGUCGCGCUAGGCCUCUAUCUCUUCGGCGUGGUCUACUCCGUCGGCGAGGGUCCAGUGCCAUUCACCUACUCAGCAGAAGCCUACCCACUCUACGUCCGUUCGUACGGCAUGGCCCUAGCGACGGCAACAACCUGGCUCUUCAACUUCCUCCUGGCUAUCACGUGGCCUUCGCUGCACGAUUCGUUCAAAGACCAGGGCGCGUUCUGCUGGUACGCUGCUUGGAAUCUGAUCGGGUUCGUGUUGGUGCUUCUGUUCAUGCCGGAGACGAAGGGGAAGACGCUGGAGGAGCUGGACCAGGUGUUUUCGGUGCCGACGCGGUUUCACGCGGCGUAUGGGCUGCGCCAGAUCCCGUACUUCUUUAAGAGGUAUGUCUUGCGUCAGCGGGUGAAGUCGGAGAUAUUGUACGAGAGGGAAGAUCCGGCGGCUUAUUCGAGUGAUGCUGGUUUCAAUGCUGCGGAUUGGAGCAGGACAAGAUAG